AUGCACUUUGCUCACUUUGCUUGUCUCUCCUCUAGUAUGCCAUUGCUUACGCUGAGAGGUGCUCUGCUCUCCGUCAUGAUGGUUGGAACAGUGUACACCUGUACGCUGAAGAACCACACCAUAUGGAUUGAGACACAAAACUGCACCCAAUGUGUGGCUAUCAACACAACCAUCUGCAGUGGUUAUUGCUUCACAAGGGAUACCAACUUGAAGGGACGGUUUGGAAGGACUUUUUUGAUCCAGCGUAGCUGCGUUCCUCUCUACCUGGCGUACCGAGCUGCAUUUAUUCCUGGCUGCCCUCAGGAUGUCAACUCGCAGUUGUAUUAUCCCGUGGCUCUCUGCUGCAGCUGCAGGCGCUGCAACACACGCACACACCACUGUAUCCAGCCCAGACCAUUCUCCUAUGAACAGUGCUCCCUCAGACUAAGCAGUGUGGAGAACCAGAACCGGACAUGCUUUGGAAACACGACAACAUGCUAA